UAAAUAUGUGAGGAUACCCUAUGGUAGGGACAAGUCCUGUUUAGGGGAGCCUAGGGGGAACAGGGACAGGAAUGUCUGCCAAGUCUAGAAUAUCGAGGGUAGAAGUGGUUGGCCCGAUAGGAUCGGCUGAAUUUGGGUUGAUGAGAGGAACCCUUGCAUCCCAUUGUCUUUGUAACAGGGAGGUUGGAGUUCAGGGCAUUCAGCCCAAGAUGUCAGAAGCUAUGGCGGACGGCGGGAGAAAGCUUCUAAUGAUCGACGACCUUGUUGAGGCCCUGAAUAAGCGCGAGAGAGCGCCGAGCAAUGUCCCGAAGGUUGAUACUUUCCACUUCAAGGGAGAACGGGUGUCCGACUGGCUAGACCUGAUGGAGCAAGCACUGGUAGGGUUGUCGGAUGAGGUCAAACUCCAGCGAGUACUAAGAUAUGUCCUUCAUAGCCACCAUCAGGAAGUGGACAAGGUCGUGGAUGCCGCCAAUGGUAGUUGGGCGAGGUUCAGGGACAUGAUGCAGAGAAAGUAUAGGUUGAGGGAUGACUUGCUAACCACGGCGGAUUUGGAGGCCAUGAACAAGGAUGACUUCUCUACGAUUGGGGCCUUUGUGCACGAGUUUCAAAGGAGGGCGCGGAAGGUGCACGGGAUCGCUGAAGAAACGCAGUGUGCCAUAUUUUUGGGUUUGCUUACUGGCUCGGAGGCCUCGGAGCUGACGAAUCGCGGAGGGGAAAGUAAGAAACUCACCUGGGCCACUAUCGACAAAGGGGUGGAGGAGGGGAGCCUGGACCAGGUGGAGCAGCAUCAGGUGCGGCUGCAAAGGCGCAAGAGAAAGGAAAGGGACGCCACUGCGUCCGGGACCCCAGGGGUGAAGAGGAUCGUCACGGACGUAUUGGCAGCGUUGGGAUAUGAUAACGAGGAGGAGGUGCAAAGGAGGGGAGUGACCGUGGCCCAAGGCCGGGCGUCGGGGGCAGUGGAAGAGGAGGUUAGGCGCGAGGACUAUGGUGGAGAAGAGACGGGCUCCCAAAUCCUAACCAAGGCCCAGAGAAAGCAGCGGAAUUUGCAAGUGGGGGGUCAAGGAUCCGGAAAAGGGCGGGUCCCGCAAGCGAUUGCUGCGCCGCCACCUGCUGCCACGACAACGUCAGCGACGGUCGGGCCGUCAUGUAUGGGGCCGUUGUCGGCUUGUGGGCAUUGGGUGCCACAUUGUCAGCCUACGUCCUGGCCCAGUUGUAAUCACUGCGCCUCGUGCGGGGGUAGUCAAACCCAGCCCGGGCAAAUGGUCCCUUACGCUGGCCCAGCGGCAAGUAUGGGGCCCCCGAGCUACCCUGCGGCUCAGGGUCAGUUUGUGGCCCAACCACCUCCCUCCCAACAGGCCUCGCAAGCUAGUGUGGCCGGUGGAGGAAACCAAGGACAAGGCGGACAAGGCAAUGGAGGCCGAGGUCAAGGGGGUCGAGGAGGUGGCGGCCGAGGCCGAGGAGGAAAUGGUGGGGGUCGCGGGGGUGGUUGGAAUGGUCAGGGGGGUCAAAACCAAGGUGGCCGAGGUGGCCAAGACGGGGGCCAAGGGUAUGGGAGGCCCCUCUUUGAUUGGCGAAACGCCACCUGCUGGCAUUGUAGCGAGGUGGGCCAUACUAUACGGUUCUGCCAACGGCGGCGAGAUGAUGAGUUGGCAGGUCUAAUUUCCUCUUGUAUGGACGGGGAUAUAUACGAUAAGUGGGGAGAGCAUAUCGACCCUAGGACCCCGGGAGGAAUCAGGCAAGGAGCUCUUAGGCGAGCGGCGGCAGGGCCAUCGGCAACCCCGGCCAUGUUCAGGAUGUGGCAGGAGAAAGAAGAGUUGACCAUAGAAGUUGAGGAGAUUGUGGGAGAUAGCGAGGAGGUCACCCAGCGUCUAAAGGCGGGGACUAUAAGAGAGGAGCCAAUAGUCGUCGAGUCGGACGAUGAGGGGCAGGAAGGCAAGGGAGAGCCGGCCAUACUCCUCUUAGGAAGGAUGGAAGAUCUGCUGGAAAAGGUGGGGAGAUACCAGCGGAAGCUGCAAGUCCUAUGUGAAGACGCCCGAGAGUGGGAGGCCAAUCUGCCUGAGGUCUUCCUCUACAACUCCGGACCUGAGCCUUCGCCAGGACAACAGGGGUACCCAAGAGUGGCGACCGUAGGGGCGGGCCCUAGGUCAGGUAUGGCCUAUAGACCCCCCACGUCGCAUGGGAGGGUGCCUCAGGCGGCUCGGACCAGGAGCCAAAAUAAGGCUGGGCCUAGUCAAGAGCCCAGUCAGGUGCCCAGUCAGGCACCCCCUCGAAAGGAGCCUGAGCCUGGACGUAGGAAGGAGGUGGUGGAGGUUCCGGAGGAAGAGGAAGAGGAUGACGAGGAAGAGGAUGAGAGGCUCCGACAAGAGGAGGAUCAGCGGGCAGAGCUGAGGGCCAAAAAGAGAGGAGCCCGGGAGGAGGCCGAGCCAAGCCUGCCUGACAGCGUGCCUAAGAGGAAGAAGUACAUGGUCCGAAUGGAAGAAGGCUUUGAUGUGGAGCGGAUGGUGGACAAGCUCCUGGAAGGCCACAAUGACUUGAUGAACUUAAAGGAUAUCCCGGCGUCAGUGCCAAGACUCCGUGGUGAGUUGAAAGGGCGGCCUUCGCGAAGGCUGGUACCAAAUGUCCAUUUGAGUACGGUCCUGCCCCGGGAGGUGGAGUGGACUGAGGCAGGGACAAGGAUGGACUGGAAAUGUGUGGCAUGUGGGCAGGUGGAUCUGGUGAUAAAGAACCAGAAAUGCGUUGGGAUGGUGGACACGGGUGCGGAGAUGAACAUCAUCAGGGAGAAGAAGGUGGUGAUGAUAGGCAUGGACAUCGACCGCUCUAACCAUGGCAUGCUGCACGGCACUAACAGUAAGGCCGCUUUUUGCGGUACAGCGUCUAAUGUGAUUAUAGAGAUUGGGAAGGUGCGAGCCAGGACUUGCUUCUUCGUCAUGCCCGAUGUUGAUCAUCCCAUCCUUCUGGGGUGGUCGUUCCUAUGCUAGACGAAAAUGUUGAUCUUCAACAAGCACGACGGAACAAUGAUCCUGCCCCUGUGUGACCCGGCGUGUGGGAAUUAUGAAGUUGGCACAUGCCGGAAUA